AUGGUGUUAGCUUCACCUCAGGACUGUCUGUUCACUGCGAGCUGUGUGAUGCAAGCAAAAGAGAAGCCUCUAAAAACCAACCUGGAACUCAUCACCAGAUACUUCCUUGAUCAUUUUGGAAAUACAGACAACAGUGAAAGCCAAGAUGCCCCAAUCCCUGCAAUCCCUGUUCCAAAGAAAAACAACAAAUUGCCUUUGAGAUACCCAGAGACCACACUGGUGAAUAUAUACGACCUUUCAGAUGAAGACACAGGAAGACGAGCAUCCUGGUCAGAAGCAGGCAAAGCCAGGCAUGAUAAUCUGGAUGUGGACAUACUUGGUAAUUUCAUACCUUCCAAAAAUACCUCAUACAAAAGUAAGCCUGCGCACAUGGUCCUGGGCGACAGCCUCCCUUUGGUUCCUGCGUGGGAGAAGGUGGAACAGCUUCAUUCAUCGGAGCCUGGCGUAGAUGUGAAGAGGACAGUGGAGAGAACCAGGCAGAAGUCUGGCCUGAUUGUCCGAGGCAUGAUGGCUGGGCCCGUCGCCAGCUCCCCACAG